AUGCCCGGCAACGGGUUAUCUACGCGAAUCCAGCAGUUUCUUGCACCGGAGGAGCGUAGCAGAGUAGACAUUCAGGGUCCUUUCCACCGGCUUGCACAGCAAAUGGACGACAUUCUGGGAGAUGGCGGAAUUCUUAAAGAAGUUAUCCAUCCAGGUGAUGGACCACCUAUCCCAAGUGAUGCAUCAGUGUGGGUACAUUUUUCAGGCUUUCUGGAGUACUCUGACCGUCCAUUCGAGACCACUAAUCACAUGAAAUACCCUCGAAUGAUGAAGCUGGGUAAAGAUAUGACCCUGUUUGGCCUUACCUUGGGUCUUUUGACCAUGAAGAAAGGGGAGUUCUCCAGGUUUCUCUUACAGCCUAAAUAUGCCUUUGGGGACAUGGGGUGUCCACCUCUUAUUCCACCACUGGCGACUGUUCUCUAUGAGGUUCAGGUGCUAGACUUCUUGGAUUCGGCCCAGGUGGAUGAAUUCUUUGCGCUGUCUCCGGCAGAACAGAAUGCUGCCUCUUUAUCCAUGUUGGUCAAUGUAGUUGACACAGAGCGUAACUUUGGCAACCGCUGUUUCAACAAGGGCCAUUACGAGGAUGCCAAGGACAGAUACAAACAGGCGAUGUGUCUUCUGAAGAAUCGGGAACCUAAGGACGAGGACGAAUCAAAGCAGAUAAUGGAAGCUCAGCUGCCCCUGCUCCUCAAUCUCUCCUUCACAUACCUCAGACUGGAGAAACCCAACAAGGCCCUGCGGUAUGGCCAGAAGGCACUCAAGAUCAACCCGAAGAACACCAAAGCACUCUUCCGCUGUGGCCAGGCCUGCUUAGACCUGUGUGAUUAUGAAAAAGCCCAAGAUUACCUCAUACAAGCUCAAGCAAAAAAGCCGUUUGAUGCCGACAUCAAUAACCUACUGAAGAAACUGGCAAUCUGCUACAAGGACUGCCUGGACAAGGAAAAGGACAUGUUCUCCAAGAUGUUUAAUGGUUGCAGUCAGCCAGCAAACAAGUAA